CGCCUUUGACCCGUAUAGAUGUUGGGUUUUCAUAUAAAACAUACGGUGUCAUACCCAUGACUUUAGUUGUUCUUCACUACAGUCAUAAAACACUUCAAUAUGAAACUUGCUCUGAUUUGUGUUGCAUUGGCCGCCAUCGUGGCAGUUGAAUGCGGUGUUACCCCCGAACAACUGGCUAAGCUUAUCGAAUACAGCAAGGCAUGCAGAGAACAAACCGGUGCCACGGUCGAACAAGUCACUAAAGCUAUCGCCGGCGAAUUCGAAGAUGAUCCUAAAUUAAAGGCUCAACUGUUCUGCAUCUCCAAGAAAAUCGGCUUCCAAAAUGAGGACGGUUCUGCUAACGACGAAAUCCUCCACAAAAAAUUGCUGACGGUUGUCAAAGACGAAAAGGAGACCGACGACCUCAUUAAGAAAUGCGCCGUCCCCCAAAAGACACCCGAAGAAUCUGCAUUCCAAACAUUCAAAUGUUACUUCGACACCAAGGGCGUGAAUCUCCUCAGUUAAUUUAAUUUUUUUAGUUUUAUUGUGAUAUGAUUAUUAAGACUUAUUAAAUAGCAUCAGAAAAA